UGAGCACGCGGCACCGGAGCACAAUGACGUGGCCGGGAGACCAGAGCUCUGCUUCCCCAGCGCACGGAGGGCGCGCGGGGGCGUCGCGGAGCGCACGUGCGCGCGGACUGCGCAGGCGCCGCUCUGGCGCCGGGCCGGACUUCGGAGAUGAGACUUCUGUGAAUGUUGCAUCGCCGCGUAGUAUGAUGUCCAGAAAUCAUUUGGAGGCAUCUACUUAUAAAAUGACAGAGCCAUUUAAUUUUGAGAAAAAUGAAAACAAGCUUCCACCAUGUGAUUCUUUAAGAAGUCCUGGAGGACAUGCUAACCACCCUAGCUUCCGGUUGAAAAGUCCAGAGAAUGGAAAUAAAAAGAACAAUUUUUUGCUUUGUGAGCAAACCAAACAGUAUUUGGCUAGUCAGGAAGACAAUUCAGUGUCUUCAAACUCUAAUAGCCUCAGCAGAGAGGUGACUGGAUCCAGAGACAGGAAAACGUUGCCUACAGGAAACUCAGUGUCACCAUUAAAUGUUGCAAACAAUUCACCACCCAAAGAAAAGCCUAGCAAUAAUGUGCCUCCUGCAAAGUCAAAAAAAAUGCACAAGUUGGUUGGGAAUUCCUUGUCCAUAAAUAAUUCAGCACUCUUCAGAUCCUUAGGACCUCCUUUGCGAUCAACAACUUGCCAUCGAUGUGGCCUGUUUGGGUCGCUGAGGUGCUCACAGUGUAAGCAGACGUACUACUGCUCCACAGCAUGCCAGAGAAGGGACUGGUCAGCACACAGCAUCGUGUGCAAACCCGUUCAGUACAAUUUCUACAAACGUGAAGAUAGUAAAUCACCUUUUGAAACUAAGAACAUGGAAGUGAAAAAUGAGGGUCACUACCCUCUUGGACUUACUAAAGAAAUAGCCACUUGUGCUGAUAAAAUAAUGUUUUCUGAUUUGAGAAGUCUACAACUCAGGAAAACCAUGGAGAUAAAGGGUACAGUUACUGAAUUCAAGCACCCGAGUGAAUUUUAUGUGCAGUUAUAUUCUUCAGAAGUUUUGGAAUACAUGAACCAACUUUCCGCGUGCUUAAAGGAAACCUAUGCAAAUGCGGUGCAUGAAGAGGAUUAUAUUCCUGUUAAGGGGGAAGUUUGUGUUGCCAAGUACACUGUUGACCAGACCUGGAACAGAGUAGUAAUACGAGAUGUUGAUAUGCUGCAGAAGAAGGCACAAGUCUUAUAUAUUGAUUAUGGAAAUGAAGAAAUAAUUCCGGUAAACAGAAUUCACCAACUCAAUAGAAACAUCGACUUAUUUCCUCCAUGUGCCAUAAAGUGCUUUGUGGCCAGUGUUACCCCAGCAGAGGGGAAUUGGAGCAAUGAAUGUAUCAAAACUAUUAAAUCACUGUUAAUGGAGCAGUACUGCUCUAUAAAGAUUGUCGACAUCUUAAAAGAAGAGGUAGUUACCUUUGCUGUGGAUGUUAUGCUGCCAAGUUCAGGAAAACUCUUAGACGAUGUGCUCAUAGAAAUGGGAUAUGGCUUAAAACCCAAAGGACAAAAUUCUAAGAAACAGAGUGCAGAUCCAGGUGAUGUUGAAGAUGUUGGAAAAAUGACAGCUGAAAACAAAGUUGUUGUAGACAGAAGUGAUCUGAUCCCCAAAGUGUUAACUGUGAAUGUAGGCGAUGAGUUCUGUGGUGUGGUUGCUCACAUUCAGACUCCAGAAGACUUCUUUUGUCAACAGCUACAAAGUGGACAUAAGCUUGCUGAACUUCAGGCGUCCCUUAGUGAGUACUGUGGUCAAGUGCCUCCACGCUCAGAUUUUUAUCCAACCAUUGGUGAUAUCUGUUGUGCACAGUUCUCAGAGGAUGAUCAGUGGUACCGGGCCUCCGUUUUAGCUUAUGCUUCUGAGCAGUCUGUACUGGUCGGAUAUGUAGAUUAUGGAAACUUCGAAAUCCUUAGUUUGACGAGACUUUGUCCCAUAACUCCAAAGUUGUUGGAAUUGCCAAUGCAAGCUAUAAAGUGUGUGCUGGCAGGAGUAAAGCCAUCAUUAGGAAUUUGGACUCCAGAAGCUAUUAGUCUGAUGAAAAAAAUGGUACAGAACAAAAUGAUCACGGUGAAAGUGGCAGACAAGUUGGAAAAUAGUUCCCUGGUGGAGCUUCUAGAUAAAUCUGUGACACCUCACAUCAGUGUUACCCAAGUUCUCAUAGAUGCCGGCUUUGCUGUGGGGGAGACAGGGGUGCUGACGGAUAAACCCAGCAUCGUGAAAGAAGCCAGUGUUCCCGUAGGUGUAGAAGCAAAACUAAAUCCACUGGAGUGGACAUGGGUUGAACUUACUGUUGACCAAACAGUAGAUGUUGUGGUCUGCAUGAUAUAUAGUCCUGGAGAAUUUUACUGCCAUGUGCUUAAAGAGGAUGCUUUAAAGAAACUCAAUGAUUUGAAUAAGUCAUUAGCAGAAUAUUGCCAGCAGAAGGUGCCCAAUGAUUUUAAAGCAGAAAUAGGGCAACUGUGUUGUGCUCCUUUUGCAGGUGAUGGUAAUUGGUAUCGUGCAUUAGUCAAGGAAAUCUUGCCAGCUGGAAAUGUUAAGGUCCAUUUUGUGGAUUAUGGGAACAUGGAAGAAGUUACUGCAGAUGAACUCCAAAUGAUCCCAUCAAAAUUUUUAAAACUUCCGUGUCAAGGGAUACGGUGCUGGUUAGCAGAUGUAGAGCCGAAAAACAGACACUGGACUAAAGAAGCCAUCACAAGAUUUCAGAUGUGUGUUGCAGGGAUAAAACUCCAAGCCCGAGUGGUUGAAAUCACUGGACAGGGAGUGGGAAUUGAGCUCACUGAUGUCUCCACUUCUUACCCCAGAAUAAUCAGUGAUGUUCUGAUUGAAGAACAUCUGGUCUUAAAAAGUAGUUCGCCAUGUAAAGGCUUGAGAAGUAAUAGGCCUGUUAAUAAACAUGAUCUUCAAAUUGAUGCCCUGGGGCUUCAAGCCAUGUCUUCAGCUGAGCAGUGGAGGACAAUAGAAUUGCCAGUUAAUAAAACUGUGCAAGCAACCAUAUUAGAAAUCGUAAACCCACGCUUGUUUUAUGCUCUACCAAAUGAGAUGCCAGAAAAUCAGGAAAGACUGUGUGUGUUGACAGCUGAAUUGGUAGAAUAUUGCAGUGCUCAGAAUAGUCGAUUGUCUUACCGACCAAAAAUUGGAGAUGUGUGCUGUGCCAGAUACACAAAUGAUGACUUCUGGUACCGUGCCAUUGUUCUGGGGACAUCAGAUGCUAAUGUGAAAGUGCUCUAUGUAGACUAUGGAAACAUUGAAACUCUGCCUUUUUCCAGAGUGCAGCCAAUUUCCACCAGCCACCUGGAGCUUCCUUUCCAAAUUAUUAAAUGUUCACUUGAAGGACUAAUAGAAUUGAAUGGAAACUACUUGCAAUUAGUGAUAGAACUACUAAAAAAUUUCAUGCUGAAUCAGAAUGUAAUGCUUUCCGUAAAAGGAAUUACCAACAAUGUCCAUAUGGUGUCGGUUGAGAAAUGCUGUGAAAAUGGUACUGUCAGUAUAGCUGAUAAGCUGGUGACUUACGGCCUGGCAAAAAACAUCACAUCUAAAAAGCAAAGUGCUUUAAAUACAGAAAAGACAUGUAGGAUGAAUUGCUGUUGCACAGAGUUACGGAAACAGGUUGAAAAACAUGAACAGAUUCUUCUCUUCCUCUUAAACAAUCCAACCAAUCAAAAUAAAUUUAUUGAAAUGAAAAAAUUGUUGAGAAGUUAAAAGCAGUCUGUCCCGGAGAUACAUGCUUACCAGAAAGGAAACAACGAAGGCUAGACUUAGAGGCAGCACGGCACCCCGCGUGUUCAUCGCGAAUGUUGUCUUCUGUGCCUCCGUUUCUGUUUGCUUUGCCGCUCUUCUGUUGGGUUGGGGAGUUGUGUUUUUUUCCCUCUAAGUUCUUCCUCCCAAAUAAGUCUGGCGUGGAAGUUUCAUACCACAUUCAUGGGGAUAUUGGGAAGAGAUACAUAGGGAUUUUCUACUGUGAAUAUAAAUUUUUAGGACUUAAAGGUAACAGUGAAGAAAAUACGGCUUCAUAUUACUAGCAGAUAAAUCUAGUUGAUAGAUGCAUGAGUUUCUUUGGAUUUUUCUGUAUGUUUGAAAUACUUGGUAAUAAAACAUGCCUUGCUCUGUCGUCAUCUGCCUCUUCCACUUAAUAAAUGUUUCUUGGCUUGUU